AUAAGCCAACUUGUUUUUGUUUUUAAUAAUUCACUCCAAUUAAAAAAAGGCCACGGAACCUAACUCGAUGGGCCUGAAUCUCUCCAAUCACAACUCGGUUCGAAAUUCAACCUGACGGUGGUGAAGUCAAGUCUGGCAAGCUCUAUAUAGAACAACGAAAAUGAAAAAUGAAAAAAAAAAUAUAAAAAAACUAAAAUUAAAAAAGAAAUCCGGUAAUUCCUUAAAAAAAAAUCCCGUAAUAAUGCAAUCUAAGGGAACCGCCAGCAAAGUCAAGACUCCGAUUUUCUCUUUUAUCCUACGCGCUCCUCGGUUCUCGUAUUCUGCCUACCUUUCUCCGGUUUCACCGUCUCAGAUCUCCAACCCAACCAAUACGGUCGGUCUCUUAUUGGAGUGAUCCAAGUAUAAGUGCUUGCUCCACUUCUUCGGCGCCAAAUUUCAGAUUUGUAUUUUACAAAUUAGAGAUAAUUCUCAAGGGAUUGAACCAUGAGUUGUUUUGGCUGUUGCGAAGAGGAUGAUAUCCACAAAGCCACAGAUAAUGGAGGCCAAUACAUAGCUAAAAACUCAACAGGAAAUGAUGGAGGUUACCAUACAUCUGAAACCGCAUCAAAGAGUGCUCAAACUGUGAAGGUUCAACCUAUUGAAGUCCCUGCUAUUCCAGCAGAUGAAUUGAAGGAAAUCACAGAUAACUUUGGGACCAAUUCUUUGAUUGGAGAAGGUUCAUAUGGUAGAGUUUAUUAUGGAGUUCUUAGGAGUGGGCAGGCUGCAGCAAUAAAAAAGUUAGAUGCCAGCAAGCAACCUGAUGAUGAGUUUUUAGCCCAGGUUUCCAUGGUAUCAAGGUUGAAGCAUCAAAACUUUGUUCAGUUGCUUGGUUACUGUGUUGAUGGGAGCUCCCGUAUACUUGCCUAUGAGUUUGCAUCUAAUGGAUCGCUUCAUGAUAUUCUCCAUGGGAGAAAAGGUGUUAAAGGAGCUCAGCCAGGCCCCGUUCUGACUUGGGCACAAAGAGUAAAAAUUGCUGUAGGAGCUGCAAAAGGGCUUGAGUACUUGCAUGAGAAGGCUGAUCCUCACAUCAUUCAUCGUGACAUAAAAUCCAGCAAUGUGCUAAUAUUUGAUGAUGAUGUGGCAAAGAUUGCAGACUUUGAUUUAUCUAAUCAGGCUCCUGAUAUGGCAGCCCGUCUUCAUUCCACUCGUGUACUUGGAACAUUUGGUUAUCAUGCUCCCGAAUAUGCAAUGACUGGGCAAUUAAAUGCCAAGAGUGAUGUAUACAGCUUUGGUGUUGUGCUGCUUGAGCUUCUGACUGGGAGAAAACCUGUUGAUCAUACUUUACCCCGUGGACAGCAAAGUCUUGUGACAUGGGCUACACCGAAACUUAGUGAAGACAAGGUUAGGCAGUGUGUUGAUCAAAGACUAGGAGGAGAUUAUCCUCCCAAGGCUGUCGCAAAGUUGGCGGCUGUUGCUGCAUUAUGUGUGCAAUACGAAGCUGAUUUUCGGCCAAAUAUGAGCAUUGUUGUCAAGGCUCUUCAGCCCCUGUUAAAUGCCCGGCCUGGGCCUGCUGGUGAAACACCAAGCACAUAACUAUAUAUAUAGUCUCUAUUUCUCACAGUCCUUCUCUUUGUAUCUCUCUGUGCCUGUGAGUGCGGAAGUGUUCACACAUUCAAGCAUCCAAAAUAUAUAAUGGAUAAUUUUAGAAGGUGAUGAUAAUUUGUUUAUUCAAAGUUCCGUGUGCAUCCAUUAUAUACUCUGUAUUCAAUUUGUUCAUAAUGCGUGAGGUUGCUUUUUCUUGCAUAUAUUUUGAUGGUCUUUUUACUUAUAUCUGAUAAUUUAUAUAUUCGUAUCAUGUUAAAUAUUUGACAAUUUGUGUGUUUAUAGUGUUUUACAUGAAAAUUGUGUUAUAAUUUGCUUUGAUACGAAAAAUACAAACUAUUAUUUUUUGUUUUUUAAAUUUAUAUAUAAUUUUUGUUAAAAUUAUAAAUUAAGUCAUCUUCGUAUCUUUUUUUAUAUUGUAUUUAUCUCACGUUAUCGAUUCGAAUUUUAGAUAAACAAGUUAAUUCCAGCUUAUAUAUUUUUGUCUAAAUUUAAUCUUUACCUUUCUUUCUUUCAUGAGAUUGUUAUAUUUUCCUUUGCUUUCAAAUGUUUAUGGACCUUGGAUUGCUUGGAUUACAAGAAAACACCAUGAAGGAAAGAAAAGGGCUCCUAAGUAUUCGAAGAAAGGAAUGUGAAAUAGUUAAAUCGGUUGCUUUCGCAGUUUUCUUACGUGGAGAAUGAUGAUGUGCAAAUGUAACUUUACAGGUGGAAAGGACAGGUUCAAAUGCUAGAACAUUUGAGAAAAGAAUAGUGGGAUUCGUUGGGUCGCUUUUGGUAUGCUUUUCCCAUCUAGUUGACUACACCACUUCAAUAACAAAAGUGCGAGUUAACGAGUAAUAAUUGACAAAAGCUUUACUUGGGCCCGGCUAUAGUAAUAAUUUAACUAAAUCUUUACCCUGUCUCAUUAGGUCAGCCAUUUUACCUUUUCUGAUAUUAAUUAAUAGUUUAAUUUAAUACUAUAAAUCAUAAAUGAGUGUAGGAGUAUCAUUUAUUAUGAGGAGUUGGGAGUAGAGGUGUAGACACGGUCCAUUAAAAAAUUAACCCCACUUAUAUGUUAAUGAAUUAUAUCAGUCUAAUAUUAUUAUUAUUAUUCAACGUUCCUAUUGGUAUGUCUGUAAAGGUUGAGAAUAUGAUUAGCAUAGUUACGUAUAGUACUAGUAUGGUUUGUAAAGGUUAAGAGCAUGAUUAGCAUGAUAUAUUAUAAUAGUUUUUAUGGGUUGUGUCUUGUCGGUUAUGAUAUUAUAUUUUAUA